UAUUUUUCAGCGUUCGGUAUACGGUCGCACUGCAGGACAGGCAAACAUUUACAGAAAACAACAAAGAACCGACACACAAAUAUUAAACAAAAACCCUAUAUCCACUCCCUAAAGACAACUGCCAAAUAAUUAGCAGGCUUUUCCCCUAAUAUUCUUUAAACUAAAACCAUGGGCGAUAACAAAAUUUGCGACAUUAGCAACGAAGUUCUGGAGGAGUUGAAGAAGUUUCGCUUCAGCAAGAGCAAAAACAAUGCUGCUUUGAUAUUGAAAGUAGAUCGGGAGAAGCAAUCCGUCGUUCUGGAUGAGUUUAUUGAUGACAUAUCCGUCGACGAGUUGCAGGACACUUUGCCAGGACACCAGCCUCGCUAUGUGAUUUAUACCUACAAAAUGGUACAUGACGAUCAACGUGUGUCCUACCCCAUGUGUUUUAUAUUCUAUACACCUAGGGAUAGUCAGAUUGAACUGCAGAUGAUGUACGCUUGCACAAAGAGUGCAUUGCAGCGUGAAGUGGAUCUCACUCGAGUUUACGAAAUACGCGAACUGGAGGAACUGACCGAUGACUGGCUGCGGGCCAAACUAAAGUAAAUAAAUGAUGGGAUCAAUCAUUCCGGGCCGAUUAUAAAAGCAAUAUUUACAAGAACUCUUGGAUUGAUUUUGGAGCUUUUUAUAGACAUAUUCAAACUGGAUCAAGCCGAUA